AUGACGAGUUUGUUUGCCCGCGUGUUUCAAUGCAAACCCGACACGGCCAUGAACCCGACUAACAAGUGCUACAUUUCGGAGGGGUUGCCCCAGGGUGCAAUGAAGGCGGGAUGCUGGACCAUCACCCAAGCAUUGCUAGGCCAACCCAUAGUUGCAGCCCGACCUGUGCGUAACUCUCACAUUCGGCUUGAACCGUCCGAUGCACACAUCCCUGUCGAUCCCCCUACCGACAAGUUUGCCUGGCCCUUUCAAAGUUCUUUCCUUUGGCCCACGACGUGGCCACUCAUUCGAAAGGGCGCCGUGAUUUUUGCGACGUCGGGCUGCUCAGUGGGUCCGUCAGCGACGCCUGGUCCGGAGGGGGGGCAGUAUGCCGGUCGCAUUGUGUGGGGGCUGCCCGAAUCUCACGUAAUGUUGCGUGGACAUUUGCUCACUGGACUGCCGUCAACACGGGGUAAUCCCGUGCAGACAAAUGGCACGAACGCGGCGCGAGGUUUAGGCAAACCCGACACAUCUGUCGAGUACACUGGUUCUCCUGCCGACUCGUAA